AUGGAUUCCAUAAUUUUCGUCUGGCAAUAUCUGACAUUUACCCCCGUUCUUCUCCUUACGAUUGGCAUUUUCUUCUGCUACUGGACAGGCGUCUAUGUCUACCGCGUCACAUGGCACCCACUAGCCAAGUUUCCCGGACCCAAGUUGGCCGGCAUGAGCUUCUGGUACGAGUUCUACUACGACUUAUGGCCACACAGGUGUCGGUACAUGUGGAAGAUUAAGGAACUGCAUGAUGAGUACGGCCCGAUCGUUCGCAUUAAUCCGAUUCACAUCCACAUCUACGACCCGGAAUACCUAGAUGAGAUCUACGCGAGCGGCAAGCACAAGCGAGACCGCGACCCGUGGUUCUUACACAUGUCAAAGAGCGGCGUCAUGACCUGGUCUCUUCUUCACACCCAGAGCCACGAUGUCCACAAGCAGCGUCGCGCGGCUCUGGCGCCCUUCUUCAGCAGGCGUGCAAUAGCCCAGCUGCACGGCAUGAUAAGCCAGAAGAUCGAGACGCUCAUGGAGCGGUUGAGUCGCGUUCGAGAGACCGGAGAGGUCAUAGACCUGACGUAUGCAAUGUCGGCGCUGGCAAUGGACGUCGUGUCGUCGUAUGCGUUCGGUGCCGAUGUCGGAAACCUGCAACGCCCCGACUGGGGCAAGGAUUGGCUGGACGCGCAUCGGACUGCUGGUUAUAUCCGGCCGAUGGGCCGUCAGUUCAAGUGGCUGGUCAACCCGGCGUUGAUGUGGCUGCGCCCAGGCCUGGUCGAGAAGUUCAGCCCACGAACCGCCGAGCUCUCACGCAAGCUCAUGUAUCCCAUGGAAUCCAUCCAAGCCGCUGCCGCGGACCGCCAACGCCACGGAGGCAAGCCGCUAGCGGCCAAUACGAGAACUAUUUUUAGUGAUAUUCUCGACAGCGACCUGCCAGACCACGAGAAACUUCCCGGCCGUCUUAGUGCCGAGGCUGCCGGAAUCCUUGGUGCAGGCAAUGAGGGAACCGCCAGAACGCUUGCUAUCACUCUUUUUUAUAUCUAUGAUAGCUCUGAAGUAUUGAGAAAGCUCAGAGAUGAGCUAGAGAAGAUUAUGCCGCUGACUACUUCUAAUGUCUCCCUUGAAACGUUAGAAGCACUACCAUAUUUCUCGGCGUCUAUUACUGAGGGACUGCGUCUAUCACAUGGGGCAUCUAGUCGUAUGCCGCGAAUUGCUACAGACGAAGAGUUGACAUAUCGAGAUUGGGUCAUUCCACCUGGGACGCCAGUGAUGCAGUCAAUGUACCUGCACCAUAUGAAUCCUCGUAUAUUCCCCCAGCCGUUUGAGUUUCUGCCACAGCGGUGGAUUGACCAGCCAGAACUCAAGACACGCUACUUCAUGGCCUGGGGGAGGGGUUCUAGGUCAUGUGUGGGCAUGAAUCUAGCCCAUGCUGAGUUAUACCUCACGGUCGCCCGAAUUAUAAGACGAUUUGACCUGACUAUGUAUGAAACUAUUCGAGAACGGGAUGUUGAGGUUGUUCAUGACGGAUUCAUCGGAAUGCCAGCUUUCGACAGUCCGGGCAUCCGGGUAACAGUUUCUCAUGAAUAUAUGUGGCAAGGUUAGAAAUGCUUGUGCGUGUCUUGUUCUCUAACAUAUAAUUUCAGAACGCAUAUAGAUACGCAGAUCACUACCAAGUUAUCUAUUAGUAAACAUGUAAAUUGUCUAGAGCCUAGCUAGACUAUAGUGGUCUCCUGGGUUUAUUUAACACUAUACUCAUAACACACUAAAUUAC